AUGAGUAGCAACUUCGGAAAGGCCGGCGCCAACCUUAUGAACCAAGCCAAGGGAGGAGGGCACACUGGUGGCGGCGGCGGCGGCGGCCAGGCAGAUUACCUUGACAAGGGCCUCAAUCAAGCCGAGCAAAGAGUCGGUGGUGAGCACUAUGAUGCCGAGAAGAUGAAGGGUCCCAACAAGAAGAUCACCGACAAGGUCAAGGACAAGUUCCACGAAACUACUGGCCACAAUCUGCCCGGCACGAAAUAA